AUGUUAAGAAUCUCGGCUCUUAGGGUCAAUCGCAGCUCAAAUAUCUCUGCUCAACUGAAGCCGUGCUUCCUCAACACGUGCUCAUACCAACCACUAAAAUCGCAACCAUUCAGACCUUACAAGACACAAUCUGGUCUCAACUCAAACCUUAAAAUCCCUCAACAUUUCCAGGAUAAGAUAUCUAGAAGGUUGGAUACGUCGCCAUCCAAUCCCAUUGGAAUCAUCGCUCAACACAUCAAGGAUUUCUUCAAUUCCUACCAGGAUGUCGUUAUUUCUAGCAGAAAGUUUGAUUUUUUUACCGUUGAAUCAAACCCAGUCUCAAUAAGCCAAAACUUUGACGAGUUGCAGGUCCCUCUGGACCACGUGAGCAGAGACCCGAGUGACACCUAUUAUUUGGACCACGAAUACAUAGAAAAGUACAAAGAGUAUAAAUCUAAAGCGUAUUUGGACAUAAUAAACAGUGAAAAGAAUGGAGUUUACGGAAGGGACUUGAUUGAGUCGAUGGCAAGUAGCUUCGGUCACUCGCGCUACAGGCUCCUUCCUACACACACCACUUCACACAUCACUGGGUUCCUGAAAAGGGGGAUCCCACAAGCAUUAUAUUCAGGCCAGGUGUUCAGGAGAGACGAGAUUGACGCUCAGCACUACCCUGUGUUCCACCAGAUGGACGGCUAUCUGCUGUUCUCGAGGGAGGAUGUGGAAGCACUGAGGAAGCUGGAGGAGUAUAAGGGGUUUGGCGACUCUGAGGUCAUUUUGAGACACCUGAAGCGCACCCUGGAGAGUCUGGUGUCCUACAUGUACGGCUUCGUUAAGUUUGUGGCCAAAACGCCCUCAGAACACUACGAAAAGGUGCUUUUUUCAGCACUGGAAAAACAAUGGGACGACAAGGCCACCUUUCCGUUUACGUACCCGUCGUCGGAGUAUUACAUCAGCAACGACGGUGAAAUGACGGAGCUGCUGGGCUGCGGAGUCCUGAAAAACAUUAUCCUGGAGAACAACCUGCCUAAACGCGGCAAGUACGUGGGCGGCUGGGCCUUUGGCAUUGGCCUCGAGCGGAUGGCCAUGGUGCUCUGCAAAAUUUUUGAUAUUCGCCAGUUCUGGGAGACCGACGAGCGGUUCACAAGGCAGUACGAGAGCUCCUACGCGGACGGGAUUCUGCCGAUUUUUUCAAAGUACAGCAAAAAUCCACCGGUGACCAGGGACAUCUCCUUCUACCUGAGCGACGCCUUCGACGAGGAGCGCUUCAAGAACGCGAUCUUGGAGAACGGCAAGGGUUACGUGGAGGGAGUGGAGUUCAUCUCAAGCUACUUCAACGAUAAGCUGCAGAGGAAGAGUCUCUGCUACCGGGUUACCUACCGCGGAUUCAACGAGAAUCUGACCAACUCCUUUGUGAACGAGUUACACGACCUGGCCAUCGAUUCUGUUAAACAUAGAUUUAAUUUGAUAAUUCGCUAA